AUGUUGACAAGAGGAUAUCAGCCAGAAUUGCCCCAAGGGGCCUCCCAUAGCUACAUCAUCAAUCUGUUCAUAGAUAUUUCCUUUAAAGAUGAACCGUACCCCGCAAACACAGAAAUUCAGCGGGAUUAUGAAAUAGCUCGCGAGAAACCGUACUUCACUGGCCUUGUAUCAAACAGUGGAGAAUUCGAUGAACAUUUCGCUCAAGAUCUCUUGCCUUUGUCACAAAUCCAAUCCGAGAAGCAGAUUGAGACAUUUGAUGAUGUGCAUCUGCGACAAUUGCUGAUCUCCCAUCCCCAAAACGCGGCAAUUCGACUCAAUGAAAAUCUGUUGCUGGAAGAGGUUUUGCACUUUUGGCGUGGAUUAAAAGGUACAAAUGCCACCUGUGGUGCACAUUGCAAACGUCGAAUCAAUAUGUUGAAUUAA